AUGUGCCGCCCCAGCCAAACUCCCCACCUGACAAUGUCUUUCGCUUGGAUCGGACAGGCCACGAGGGCCUGCACUUUGGAUCGAGAAGCAGGGGCAGAGCCCCGGCUCCACCUCACGAAAUAAGUAAAAUAACGUUAAAAGUAGUGGUAUUUCACUUGCGCCAACUAGGCAAAAUGACAACGGAGGAGGAGACAGAUAACCGUAAGAGUGAAGGAGAACCAGGCUUAGAAGGCAGUGCCACACAAAGUGAAGGCGGACAGAAGGACAGAGAAUCGAUAAAUCUGAAUGGUACCAAAGGGAACCGGAAGGAAAUCUCCACAGGAGAAAGCUCGGGGAAAGCCGGGGGAAGCAGGCAAGGAACCCAGGGGACCAAGGAAGGCAGAAAUAAGGAUAGGACAACCCCCCGAAACUCGGAAGGAGCCAUGCCUAAGAAAGUAAGGGUCACGAACACGAGGCGCAAACUAGCCGAGAUAGACAAGAGGACCGCGGAAUACAAGGCAAGACUGAUUGAGGAAAUGAUGACUGGGAACGAAGAAGGCCCUCUGCAGGAGGAACCCCGGGACGAACGGAAAACCAGCCAAGAAGCCGAACCGGUGGGCGAGAUCAUCUGGGAUCAGCUCCGGGGGCGCGGGCCGCAGGCCAACUUUAUUUUGGAAAGCGACGAACGUGAUAGGGUGAACGCAACCACUCGACUGAGAACGACCGGGAAAAGGAUUAACCGUGACACCAUUAUGGAGGAGGUCGCCGGAAGCUCCAAACCCCAGGCGGAGCCUAAGGCCGAGGAACCAAAAAAAGAAUACGGGAAGCCUAGGGAGGAGGAGCCUGCGGACAAGGUUACCGCCGCUAAGAAUAAGUUUAGGUAUCAAAUCUCGAUCUUUACCUUGCCUGAGCUCGACGACACCAUUAGCAAGUUACUAGGAACCAUGGUGUCGGUGUCUUUUGAGACCAUGCUCCAGGCUAGCCCUAGGUUGCUCAAAGGGCUCAGACAACUGUUGACGCGGAGGCGAGUAGAAAUAGGCGACAACCCCGAAUUACCAGAAGGGGAGAGCGAGGAGGAAGCUCCACAAGAAGUGGCUAACCUUCAGAGGAGUUACGGGGACUUGGAGGAUCUCAAAAAGGCCUUUGUAGACAUUCGUUUGAGCUUGCCCGACCGAGAAGGCGGCGAAGUCAUGAGAUCGCCACCCGGGACGAAGCUUAGCUUUCAUGCGCUGCCCGUAGGGAAAUUGAAAAUCCAGAUCGGGAGUCAUUAUACAGACGCAUUAGUAGACGGGAGAACAGGAAAUCACUCUCAUAAGGAGAGAUUUCGCAACGAUCACGGGAUGUAUGGUAAACAAGGAAGUAACGGGGAGCAUCCGGGGAGCUGGCGGGGAAAUCCCGUUCGCUGGCGGAUGUCCGUAAUGGAGGAAAUGGACCACGACGUAAUCCUCGGGAGACCGUGGUGCGUGAACGUGGAGAUGAUAGGCAUGCACUUGCACGAUGGCUCAUACAUGGUAGACAUAGAGGAUCCUGUGACCGGCCGAUGGGAGCUCCUCCUACUCCUUGGAACGGGAGGAGACCCCCCGAAGGGGAAAUUGGCAACAUGGUCGCCGUCGUUCGAGGAUAGCACGCGAAAAGGGGCUUUCGCACGGAUGGAGGGUAUGAGAGAAAGGGUAGAAAUCAUGAUUGAGGAAGCAUUCAACAAGAAGGAGUGGAUCAAGAUGGGUCUGCCCCAGAAGAAGAGGAGGCAGGAGGACGAAGUCCUAGGUGAUAUGGUAGCGGAAAAGGAGUCAGAGGUCGAACUUGGUGCUAGCUUGCCCAAACGGAAGGAAGUACGCAUAGACGUGCCGGAAAGCGCACUCGAGAUCCCCGAUCUAUUGCAACUCAUUAAGGCCCUCAGAUACCACAAGGUAGGAGUGGAUUCGGCAGCCUUGGCCAAGUUCGAAAGAGAGGUGCAAAAGGGAUAUUGCCUGAAUGGGAAACUGGUAAGGGCAUUCCUAGGCGUAGUCGGCUUUUGGAGGAUCUUCAUUAAGAACUUUGCCAAAAUUGUUGAGCCUAUCCGGACUAUGAUCAGGGAAGAAGGAACCAUGGAUUGGACAGAGGAGCGAGAAGGAGCUGUCCAAACGCUCAAGGACAUAUUGACAUCUGAGACAGUCGCCCUGUCCGCGCCUUGUUUUAAUUACGAAGUGGGACGACCCUUCAUCCUAGAGACGGAUGGAGGACCUUUGGUCGUAGGAGGUGUGUUGAUUCAAAGGGAUGAGGGAGGAAAAGAGAGACCGAUUAGGUUCGAAAGUAGAACCCUGAACUCCGCAGAACGGCGGUACUCGCAAUUCAAGAUGGAAGUCCUAGCCAUCCUGCAUUGCCUUAAGACCUUCCAGGCCUACCUAUUUGGGAGGUGGUUCAUCUUAAGGAUCGAUCCGACGAAUGUCGCAGAGGCUCUAAAGAAUUACAAGCCUAUAGAUCUGACGGUAGGGAGAUGGGUAGGAUUCAUCUGGCAGUUCGAUUACAAGAUCGAACGGAUUGCUAGAAUCCGCAACAAGGCAGAUGGGUUGAGUCGGGUUUGCAUCACUCUCGAAGGGAUGGAGGAUGCAGAACCCAUAGACGCAUUCCUCGAAUACGAAGGAGAGACUCUCACGGUGGAUAACAAAAUGAUGAGCGGGGAAUGCACAUCGGGAGAACUAUUGAACCAGACUUUGGAGAAGGGGGUACCUGCCGUAGUAGCAGAAGUUAGAGAAGGACCAGUUACCACUCGAGGACGCAGAGAAGAAAAGGACUCAUGGGGAGCGAGAGUAGGACCGAAAGAGGAACUAAUGGCAAUGGCGGUCGAGGGAGGCCGGGAAGCAGUGAUGAGGUAUAUCCUGGAUGCGCGAGACAACCUGAGCGUGUUCGUGGAGGCAGUCGCCCUCCAGAAAAAGACAGGGAGAAGUGUGGCGGACUGGAUAGAAGACUUCUACUUAAGGCAUCCGUUCGUCUGAAGGUUUAUAGCAGACAAUGAAACGGAGUUUGUGAACCACGAAGUAUUGGGGAUGCUUAAGAGACUCUGCGUACCGAUCAAACUUAUCGAGUUGUAUCACCCUGAGGUCGAUGCACCUGUGGAAAGGGGGCACCGAACCUUGAAGAACACGAUUGUAAAGCUCGCAGCGGACCAUCUGGGGAACUGGCCUAGGUAUCUUAAGCAGGCUGUCUUUGCAGAGAAUAUGACCCCAAAAAGGACAACAGGAUGUAUCCCGGCAGAGCUCUGGUACGGAAGAGAGAUCGACUUUCCUGUGGAAGCCUUGGUACCUACCUGGAAUAAGUUAGAUGAUGAUCCGCAAAUGACCACUGAAGAGUUAAUCGAGGUAAGAUGUUAACAAAUCCUUAAGAACGAG